UCCCCAGAAUUACAUCACAUGGAGGUCAAAGGACAUGUGAUCACAUCCAUGGGUUUGGGGGCUCCAGAUGUUCAAGGCUGCCAGGACAGCAAGCUGCAGGCUGAGAGGGUCGCAGCUCUGCAGGAGAGGAAGCAGGCCCUGGAGGCUCUCCUCAACAGCAGAGUGGGAGAGCUCAAACAAGUCUGUUUGCAGGAAGCAGAGCUGACUGGGAAGUUGCCACGUGCUUUCCCCCUGGAGACGGGGGAGAAACCACCGGUGGUGCAGCGCAGAGCUGGCCUGUCGCCCAAUAGCAAGGCAGAGGAUGAAGCUGCCCAAAGAAAGCAGAUGAAAGCCAUCUUCACUGGUGCUUUGUACAGACAUGUGGAAUCAGACCGAAAUGUCCCAAAUAGCAAGAGGACAGUUCAUCGGGGUUGUCAUACAGAGGACACUGUCAUGUCUGAGAGUACAAGCUCCAUGUCAGAUUCAACGUCCCAUGAUAAUGAGUCCUCUCCCAGUGUGGCUGCUGACCAGCGCUCUCUGUCGCAGCCCCGGCUCACUGUGGGCAGUCCUGACCACAGAAUCAGCAGGAAGCUGUCUCCAGUUGAGAUUUACUAUGAGAUGAGAACACGUCGCAACUCUGUCACAAGCUCUGUUAGCCCAACCCACUCUUUACCAAGAAGUGCAUCUAACGUUGAAGGGAGAAGUGUUCCAGCUACUCCUCUGUUGGCCCGAACUGCUCCGAUCAGCGUUCAUGUCAGGUCGGAUGCGUCUGGGGGUAAUGGGUUGAAGCAGUGGUCUGGCAGCCUGGAUGUGCCAUAUAUGAUUCCACUGGCCCAGGAGGGCUCCUCCUCUGACCGCCGAAGCUGCCCUUACAGCUCAAGGGCCAGACGCAGUAACAGCUCCGAGGCCCUGCUGGAUAGAUCGAGCCUCCCUGACGAUCCAGCGUCCAGAAAUGGUAUGCCCCCCAGAGGAGGGCCCUACAAGAGCUCAGAGACACUGACUGACGGCAAGCUUCGACACAUUCACCUGGGCAGCCCUGAGAGACAUGUGGACAGCUCUGUGGAACAGGCCAAGCUGCGCCUGUCCAUGGGAGGCAGGGGGGCUGGAGGGGGCUACAACGAGCUACUGAUGGACUAUAUCUGGGGCAAACAGCAGAGGAUGCAAGUGCAGCACCACUUGUACCAGUCCACAGGCAGGAUCUGGCAGGACCUGCCCUCCCCGCGCUCCUCUACUGCAGCGGUGCCUCCCCAUGCCAACGGCUUUUCCCAUUCCCAAGUGCACCUACCCAGCGCUGCACCUCCUUACAGCCCCAUGGUCCUCCGAGGGUCCCAAGCUGAACUGCGCAGGGUCAAAGUCACUAGAACCAAAUCUUGUGGGCCCUUUAUUCCUUUGCAGCAACAUCCCCAGGAUGCCAUCCUGCUGUCCGCAUAUGAAUCUCCCCUUCCUGCCUCCGGCACCACCACAUCCUCCAUCCCCAACCUGCACCCUUACCAGACUGAGCUGUCUGGCACCUCCUUCGGCCGCAGACCCCCACAGUUCUCUCUUCCAACCCCAGAGGACUCGACGCGAAGCCUGCAUAAAGCCCUGGCUCUGGAGGGCUUGAGGGACUGGUACCUGAGGAACGCCCUCGGCUAUCCUCCUGCUGCCCCAAAGGGCCAUGAAGCAGGCAUCUCUCGCCUCUCACACCCCCACCCACUUGCCCCGUCUGUUCAAGGUGAAUCAGCCAACCUCCACAGGUCUCAGAUACCCCAGUCAGCCAGCUUCCACGGUCACCCGCUGCAUGGAAGGUCGAUGGAGUUCUCUCUCUAUCAGGAGACUCCUCAUCCACAGACGCAAGAGGCGACCCCAAAGGAGCCCACUGCAGACCCAGGCACGCUCGUCUGA